AUGCAAGCCUCUUUCCAUUACUCCACCACCUUGACAAGACACAUAUCUCUGAACCCUAACCCUAAUCCUAAAAAAAUUCCCCUUCCUAUCUCCCCAAAACCAUUAAUAUGCAAAAUUGUAGUCAAACCAACUAAGAAGUCACUUCCCCCAAAACCCUUUCCUGGAUUUAAGCCAUCGCCGGCGACGGCGCCGGCGCCGGUGACAGUUCCAAAAACACAUCCACCGAAUCUAAACCCUUUUCAGAAAUUAGCUGCCUUGGCUUUGGAUAAAUUCGAAAGCUCAGUUAUCAUGGAAUUGGAAAAGAAAAGGAAGUUAACUAAAACUGUAGAUCCGGCGAUUCAGCUCAAGGGAAAUUUCGCUCCGGUUCAGGAGUGUCCGGUUCAAUCCAAACUUGAAGUGGUGGGUCAGAUCCCGGUGGGUCUUGAAGGGGUUUAUUUAAGAAACGGAGCUAAUCCAAAGAUUAUGCCGACUAACGGCGGUCAUCAUUUAUUCGACGGUGACGGAAUGAUUCACGCUGUUAGUAUCGGACCAGGUAAUCAAGCUAGCUAUUCUUGCCGGUUCACACAAACAAACCGGCUAAUUCAUGAAUCAGCUAUCGGCCGGAAUAUCUUUCCUAAGCCAAUCGGCGAGCUUCAUGGUCAUUUAGGUUUAAUUCGGCUUGUUCUGUUCAUGGUCCGGUCAGCAAUCGGUUUAGUUGAUGCAUCCAAAGGAACCGGUGUAGCUAACGCCGGUAUGGUUUAUUUUAACGGCCGUGUUUUAGCUUUAUCAGAGGAAGAUCUACCGUAUCAUGUCCGAGUAACGAGCACCGGUGAUCUAGAAACAAUCGGACGGUUUAGCUUUGAUGAUCAACUUCAAGGGUCUAUGAUUGCCCAUCCUAAGAUAGACCCCACCACAGGUGAUCUCUACAGUCUAAGUUACAACGUGUUAAAAAAACCCUACCUAAAAUGUUUUAAAGUUGACACGUGCGGCAUGAUGUCACAUGUAGUAGACAUUAACUUAAAAGAACCGACUGUCGUUCAUGAUUUCGCUAUAACAGAGAAUCAUAUAAUAAUUCCGGAUCAACAAGUAGUAUUCAAGUUAUCUGAGAUGAUUCGGGGCGGGUCACCCGUUAUCUAUUCCCCCAAUAAAACAUCUCAAUUCGGGAUCCUAUCCAAAGAUGCCAAAGAUGACUCCGGAAUAAUAUGGGUCGAGGUUCCGAAUUGUUUCUGUUUCCAUCUGUGGAAUGCGUGGGAGGAGGUAAACGAGGAGGGCGACCCGAUAUUCGUGGUAAUCGGGUCGUGUAUGACUCCGCCCGACAUGAUAUUUAAUGAUCAAGAAGGCAAGCUUAAGAGCCAAUUGUCGGAGAUAAGGCUAAACCCUAAAACGGGUGGGUCGACCCGACGGGUUAUAAUACCCGACAUAAACUUGGAAGUGGGUCAAGUCGAUAAGCGGAGGUUAGGUCAGAAGAGCAUUUACGCUUAUUUGGCGAUUGCGGAGCCAUGGCCGAUGAUAAGUGGGAUGACGAAAGUUAAUCUAGAAACGGGUGAAACGAUGAACUACUUUUACGGGGAGAAGAGAUUCGGGGGAGAGACAUGGUUUGUGAGUACCGGGGAAAAGGAAGAUGAAGGGUAUGUAUUGAGCAUUGUUAGGGAUGAGAUUAUGGAAAAGUCCGAGCUUGUGAUAGUGAAGGCGAGUACUAUGGAAUUGGAGGCUGUGGUGAAGUUACCUACAAGAGUUCCAUAUGGUCUACAUAGCACAUUUGUUACUUCUAAGGAAUUGGAAGGACAAGUUGUGUAAUCUUCUUUGCAAGAUUUUAGUUUUAAUCAACUUUGUUCUUUUUGU